CGCGUUUGUUUAAAUCACUUUUUACAAACCCAUUGUCUGUGCGAUAAUUGAAUUUGUUGGCCAAAUAUUUGCCAGUGAUUUACUGAUCUAAUUGGCGUCUAGAAGCGGUUAUAGCUGGCAACAUUUUAUUUGACUCAUUAAUGCUUCGCACGCUUUAGCGACUGCGAAAGUGUGUUUAUAACCACACCAUAGUCCUUCUAUAGUGUUUCCCAUCCCAGAUAACAUAUCUAAGAUAACCGAAAUUUCGGCAAUCUCAGCUUCAUUGGGCACUUCACCUAAUUUAGAUGGCAUUUUCCCAGAAGAGACCAGCCAGCAUGGACACCUUCAGAUUCGGCACGGUUGACUACACCGUCUUCAUGGGCGGCACCAUACUAUCCAUUGCCAUAGGACUGUACUUCGGUUGGAUAAAGUGAGUAGUAUCCAAAUUGGCAAAACAAAUUGUAUCUGUUAAAUGCGCCACAGGAAGACCAAGAAGACGGUGGAGCCCGAGACGUCGUCGGCUUCAGAUUCCCCGGAAAUAACCAUGCCGAAUUUCGGAUCAAAGAAGAUGAACGAGUAUCUGAUGGGUUCGGGCAAUCUGAAGGUUUUCCCAGUCGCCAUGAGCCUGAUAGCCAGUUUCAUUUCGGGCGUUGCUAUACUGGGUACUCCUGCAGAGAUCUACAACUAUGGCACGCAAUAUUUCCUGAUUAUCGUAGCAAUUUCCAUCCAAGGAUUAGUGGUAGCCUACGUCUACAUGCCCGUGUUUUCCGCUCUCCAAGUGCGAUCAUCUUAUGAGUACUUGGGAAUGCGCUUUCACCCGAUCAUACGGAACAUAGUAUCCAUAAUGUUUGUUAUCGAAGUGCUACUCUAUACGCCUUUUGUGGUCUAUGUACCGGCCCUCGCUUUGAACCAGGCUUCCGGCCUAGAUAUUCACAUGAUAGAGCUGGUGACCAUUGUGGUGUGCGUCAUAUACACCCUAUUGGGCGGCCUAAAGGCGGUGGUGCAUACGGAUAUCUGGCAGGUGGCGAUCAUGUUUGUCUCCGUUCUGGUUGUGGCCAUUCUUGCCACUUGCAACAUCACCGACAUGGGUGAAUUCUUCGAAAGUCUAGCGGCCGGAGGACGACUCAUAAUUGGCAACACCGAUCCCUCGCCAUUUGUGCGUAACACGGUGUGGAGCGUGCUGAUCGGUGGCAGUUUCUACUGGACCUCCAUUGCGGCAGUGCACCAGACCAUGGUGCAUCGGUAUAUGUCGUUGCCCAACCUGCGGAUGGUCAGGUUUUCCAUUGCCUACUUUGUCGUGGGAGCGGUCAUCUUUUACACCGUUCUCAGCUUCUUGGGACUGCUCAUCUAUCACAUGUACAAGGACUGUGAUCCGUUGAGCGCAGGACACAUCAUGAAUAACGAUCAGCUGGUGCCUCUCUUUGUGGUCCAGAGUGUCGGUCACAUCUAUGGAAUGCCCGGGCUUUUCAUAGCCGGUCUUUUUGGAGCUGGCCUGAGUUCGCUUUCCGUGGCCUUCAACUCCACAUCCUUGGUCAUCCUACAGGACAUAGUCCGCGGCUGUUUCAAGAUGCAGCCGGGCGAAAGAACAUCCACGAUUAUCGUUAAGUCCACCAUCGUUAUCAUGGGCGUUGUGAUAUUUGGUUCGGUCAUUCUGCUGGAGAAAGUGAACGGCAUCCUGAGCAUCUGCAUGUCCCUGGUGUCCAUCGCAACUAGUUCCACCUUCGGAAUGUUCACCCUAGGAAUGCUGGUCCCCUGGGCGAACACAGUGGGCACCUUGGUGGGCGGAAUCGCGUCCUUUUCCUUGACCGCCUGGAUAACUUUCGGCACGCAGAUUGCGGCGGCAUCCGGACAACUGCUUACCCAUAAGCUUCCUAUGUCACUCGAAGGCUGCCCCGGCAAUGUGACUGCUCCCGAAGAUGUUGGGGUGGACGAGGAGCAGGUGUUCCCACUGUACCGACUCUCAUUCCAGUGGAUAAACCCCAUCGGAGUGCUUACGGUCGUCAUUGUGGGCUCCCUGGUCUCACUGGUGACCAGACCCACGGAUAUUAAGAGUCUCCAUUCCGAUUUGAUAUCUCCAGUGAUUCACAGAUUCCUUCCAAAAGAAUGCUUUAAACAACGCAAUCUCCAUAAAAAUGCGGGCAACGAUAUAUCCACUAUCACUUAAAAUUAAUUGUAAUAUUGUUUAUUAA